AUGGAGAAGAAGCCCGAAGCUUCAGGAAAAGGGCAAAAGAGAAAACACCAAGAUGAAAGUAGGAUCGAGAUAGAUUCUGAAGCUUUGGGACAAGAUACAAAAAGGAAAUGCCAGGAUGGAACAAAGAUGGUAUUUAAGGUGCCCGGCAAGGCUCAGAAGAUGACCCCUCAGGAGCCUCCAGACCUAGAGCUUCCUAUAGAACAGUCUAGUAAGGGUCAGGUAAGGAAACCCCAGGGAGAGACUCCAAACCAACCAAAACCCCUAGAGUUGACCGAAGGUCCUCCAGAGCAGGUUGUAACAGGAAGGGUGCCUGCUGAUAGUGGCAAGGGUCACAAGCGGCCCUAUUCUGCCAUGGAGGAAAACGAGCAAAUCCCCCAAAAGGAAAAGAAAAGAAGGUUGCUUCAAAACCUUAAGCUAAUCCUUAUAAAGGCUGGGAAGAUCAAAGGGGGCGAGUCAGAAGACAGUCAUGGAUCAGAAACAACUCUUAGAGAUCCAGAACCAUCUACUGUUGUGGCUCUAAAAGAAUGUCUUUCACCAGACGAGAGAGAAAAGUGUUGUUUUGAGGAGACAUCUGUUACAGAGAAGAAAGGUUGUGUAAAGGUUGAAGGAAGAAGGGGGAAUAGCUUGGAGCCUGGAACACAGGCUCAGAUCAUCCUGGAUAGCAGCAGAGGCAAUAGCUUACUCCCCAACAAGAUGGCAGUACUUGCAGCACAGAAAAAGCCUCUCAGAGACCACGAAAAGCACAGAGAAAUGGAUCAAAUCCUUGAUAUUACAGAGGACAUGGAGAAGGAAAUUGAGAAUGCACUGGGUCCAGGACCCCAAGAGGAAAUCCUAAGUUCCAGAUUUAAGUUGCAAAUCACCAGAGGAGAUAUCCAGACCCUGAAGAACAGUCAGUGGCUCAAUGAUGAGGUCAUCAAUUUCUACAUGAACCUUCUGGUUGAGAGAAAUGAAAACCAAGGCUACCCGGCUCUGCAUGUCUUUAGCACUUUCUUUUACCCCAAACUAAAGCAUAGUGGUUACAGUUCUGUGAAAAGAUGGACUCGAGGCAUCAAUCUCUUUGAAAAAGAACUCAUCUUGGUGCCUAUUCACCAGAGGUUACAUUGGAGCCUGGUGGUAAUCGAUUUAAGAAAACAAAGUAUUGCAUACUUCGAUUCCAUGGGACAGACAGGGAAGUCUAUCUGUGAGACCAUCUUCCAAUAUUUACAAAAUGAGAGCAAGACCCGCAGGAACAUUGAGCUGGACCCUUUGGAGUGGAAGCAGUACAGUGUGACAAUAGAGGAGAUUCCUCUGCAAAUGAAUGGGAGUGACUGUGGAAUGUUUACCUGUAAAUAUGCAGAUUACAUCGCUAGGGACCAGCCUGUGACCUUUUCUCAGCAACACAUGCCCACCUUCAGGAAGAGGAUGGUCUGGGAAAUCCUGCACAGUCAGUUACUGUAA